UUCUGGAGGGACCAAGAGAAAUGGUCUGGUGGCGUGGCGUGGGGUCACCGUGUUUCCCCUCCACCCCCCAACCUUGGGGGGGGGGGCCACGUGAGGGGUUGGGGGUGGCCACGGGGAGCUGGAGGUGGCCACCGGUGAAGAUGAGGAUGGAGAGAAGGAGAGAGGCUGAAGGAGCCAGAGGGGAAACGCAGGAAAACGGGCGAGAGGAAGGAUGAGCCACGUCUUGGUGCUCCUCGGCGGCCCGUGGCCAACCCAACGUUCUGCGUCCAAGGAGGAGCCACGGUUUGAGGUUGGACCUCAUCAGAGCCACGUCCCAGCAGCUCUCGGGCAACCCUGGUCCAAUGAGGAGCCAUGGUUUGGGAUCGACCCCUAAAGGAGACAGGUCAUGGUGGUCUCUCGACCACCUUCUCCAUCCUUAGGUCCUACAUCCACCAAGGAGCUAUGUUUUGGGGUCCAACCCCCCUUGAAGACGUGUCCUGGUGCCUUCUCAACCAUCCCCACGCAACCCAAGGUCCCAUGUCCCGCGAGGAUCCACGUUUUGGGUUCGAUCCCACCAGAGCCGUCUCCUGGUGCCUUCUCAUCCAAAACCCCUGCUCAUGCGCUGACCAGGGAGCUCCAGUUUGGGACCGAGCACACCACAGAUGUGUCCUGAUGUCCUCUCGACUGUCCUCAUCUACCUGUGGGGUCCCACACCCAACCAAGAGCCACGUUUUGGGGUCCAGCCACAGCCUGGUGCCCUCUUGACCAGCUUUGUCCAUCCUCGGUUUCUGCAUCCGAUGAGGAACCGCGUUUUGGGUUUGAUCCCCGCCGAGCGGUGUCCCAGUGUCCUCUCUGCUGUCCUCGUGCAACCCCGGGUCUUGCGCCCAACGAGGAGCCACGUUUUGAGGUUGAGCCCAGUGGAGAUGUGUCCUGGUGCCCUCUCGACCGCCCUCAUCCAACCCCAGGUCCUGCCUCUGCUCCCGGCCCUCCGGCAUGAAGGUCCUGCUGGUGUUGCUCCUGGCGCUGGUAGCCACAGCCUCGAGGAACGUCCUGUGGGUGAUCGAGGGGACCUCCUGCGACCUGCCCUGGCAGGCUGCCCUCUUCAAAGGCGAGAAGUUCAUCUGUGGGGGGACACUGGUGGCCAGGAACUGGGUGCUGACGGCCGCCCACUGCCACGUCCCUGGCAUCAUCAACGUGCGUCUGGGGGGCCAGAGCCACAAGGACUCGGGUGACACCAAGCAGUGGCGCCGCUCGGCCAAGGUCUUCAAGCACCCGCGCUACAACGAGACCAACAAGGACGGCGACCUGAUGCUCAUCAAGUUCCUCCUCCCCGCCCACGUCAACAAGCACGUGAAGCCGCUGCCGUUGGCCACCCACUGCCCCGUGCCCGGCACGACCUGCCAGAUCUCCGGCUGGGGGUCCACCACCAGCCCUGAAGUCACCUUCCCCGAGGACCUCCACUGCGCCAAGGUCACCAUCGUCUCGGAGGAGCAGUGCCGGCGCAUCUACUCUGACUCCAUCACCACCAACAUGGUGUGCGCGGGCGAGUCCCGCAGCCGGGCUGACUCCUGCCAGGGUGACUCCGGGGGACCCCUCAUGUGCGACGGGCGGCUCCAAGGUAUCGUCUCUUGGGGUCCGGGCGUCUGCGGGGACCCCAAAAAACCCGGCGUCUACGUCAACCUCUGCAAAUACACCUGGUGGCUCCAGGACACCAUGAGAAGGAACUGAGCCCCCGGCCCCGCCAGCCCUGGGACGGACCCCACAGCUCCUCCUCCUCCUCCUCCCUGAUGAAGGUCCCCAGAGCCGGCCGGUCCGAGCGCUGGGGCACAAGCCCUGGGCAGGGGUGGGGGCGGCGGGUGGAGGCAGGGGUUGACCAUGGUGGGGGGUCCUGUUGAGACGUCCACGAAUAAAGUUUUUUUCGA